UCAGACCACAAUGAUGGCCCAUCAUAACAAUGCCGAAUACUUUCACAACCUUUCACUGAGUAACAAUCAAAUGAACGCCCGAAAUGUAGAYGUCAUUUUUAGUGCCAAUGGAGGGGUCCAACUGAACCACCCCGGAAACAUUGUCUUUGACAAGAUGAUCCGGAACUUUCAGGCUAGAUACAGGGUCAACSAUGAUCCUGUCAUGAAGCGCACCAUUGYGGAAUCGAUUACCAGGGCCAUACAAGAAAGGAAUGGUCGGUUUCUAAAAGAACCUAUGCUGGGGAUGUGGACUUAUUCCGAAAUAUCCCCCGCAGAAGCAAUGAUUCGGACGGCGUCCCUACUCUCGGGCACGAAUCUUGGUGGCAGCAUCAAUGUCAAUGGCAACGAUGCUGCCAAUUCCAAUAUUCUCGCCGCGGUUGCGGAAGAACAGAAACGGUCCGUGGUUGCACACCACCUGCAACUGAAGCAGGAGCAGAAAAUUCUGGAAAACGAAAUAAUGAUCCGAAUGCGACAGAAKAUGAUGAUGCCUUCGGCCAUGCAGACGGGCAGCGGUACGAACUUCCUCUCGACGCUCAAUCAAGCAAGCUCAUCAGUCCUGCAAGGGACCGAGCGCCUCCGCACGAGACAGGCCGUAUCGAACGUUUUUAUGGCCAGGAAAAUAGACCAAGAAAUCAACAACAUUGAAAAGCUGUCAGCGAUGGAGCAAUUGAUGAAGUUUCGCAUGCGAGAGCGGGAACAGAAGGCUGUUGACGAUCUCAUUAAGAAACAACAACUGAUGGAACACAAGMAAAAUCAUCAGGGAGUACAACAACCGCAGCGGCAAAAACAACCGUCGACGACAACAUUGGACGAUGAACAGAGACGACAGGAAGAUCCCUGGCCAAUAAAAAAUCAUGAUUUCACAGAAUGGGAUGUCUUCGUUUCGGACGCCUCUUCCGGCAAGUGGAGCAGUAGCGUUGGGAAUUAYAAGUUUCGGAAAAUAUUAUUGGAAAAGAAGGAACUCCUCCCUUCAUCGUGUCUGGAUUACACACGUCUCAAAGACAUGAGCCAAAAUAUCGUAUCAACGAUUCGUGAUCACAAUGGGCGGUUCCUACAAAAGCGGCCCUUCAAAUUAGAGAACGGCACCGUCAUGGAGUCCCUUUGGCACGACGUUGGAAAUGUAGAAGCGGUUACGUGGAUCAUGGGUUUGAUGAAGUUAUUAUUCAAUAGGGGUAAAGGUUUUUGCAAAAAUCCAAAACCAGGGUCCUUCCUCGAUUUAGUAAGCAGUGGCACAUUUUUUGUCGAAAUGAAGUCAACAACCCCUCCGACCAUUCCAGSACSGGAGGAUAUCCUCUGGGCAAAAGGGUAUAACGAACACCCGGGAAACGUUAGGUUUCGCAAGAUUCUCGUGCAUUCGUUGCAGGAUCAGAUUGUUCUCGAUUGGGAUGAGUCGAAACUGGCGGAGCUCAGCCGUUCAAUUGUAAUCACUGUCAAAUCUGAACCCAACGCACGAUUCCUCGUGAAAAUUGGUUCGUACCAACCCUCACCUAGCGACGAAUCGACCAAAUCUGWUAUGACUGAGUGGAAAGAGAUCUCGAAGGAAGACGCAGAAAUCAGGACCUUGGGCGCUCUCCGGGAGUCGCUAGAAAAACUCAGACGGUGUGUUAGCGAGAAGGAACCGACCAAACUUCAAAAGCAACAACAACAUCAGCAACAGCAACAGCAGCAGCAGCAACAACAACAACAACAACAACAACAAAAUCAGCAGCAGCAGCAGCAGCAGCAGCAGCAGCAGCAGAAUGGAAAUCAAAAUGCCUUGGCUGGAACAAUGGUAGUUGAAAGGCCUUGUGAGACGGAUGUCGUAUUCGGUAUCGAAACGGGGGGAGAAGCCCAGAAGUACCUCGGCAAUCAGAUGUAUCGAUCUCUGAUCAGGUGCAACAAGAAGAGAUUCCAUACGAGUACUACGGAAGAAAAAAGGAUUCGGAUAUGUCACUCUAUAGUGGCUGCAAUCAAGGGUCAAGACGGUAGAUUUCUGAAGCUGGAUCGAGAAAAGGGGAUAUGGGGAAGGAUUUCCGAUACCAGAGCGGUCGGGCUCACCAAAAUGAUCUUGUCGCGCGUGGAAAUAACUCAACCCACAACCGAGACAAAUCGAGUCAUAGCACCACCCGYCACUAUUACAGAACUGAUCGACUUGGUGGGCGAGAGCGAUGAGGAGGACAAUAUUGGCAACACAGCCUUGAAUUCGACGCCGAGAGAAGUCAAGGAGCCAUCGGGAAAGAAGAAUAGUAUUGUGAAGGACGAGAAAAUAAACACKUCCCUGAAUUCAAUACCGAGAAAAGUCAAAGAGCCACCAAUAAGGAAGGGCAGAAUCGUCAAGAAAAGGAAAAAAGUUCGCAAGUCCGAAUGCAUGACUUUGAUGGCGCAUACACUGUUUGACCUGCAACAAAGAAAAUWUCCUGAUACUGUGACCCAAUCGGAGUACGASUCCAUAGAAAGAUUGGCAAAGAAAAAGACAGGCUUGUCCAUCCAUUGUAACAUUAGCAAAACAGCGGUGCAAAAAAUAUCGCAAUCGAUAUCCCCACUCGAAGCUCCCCCCCCAUCGAUGUUGAACGAUGCCACUAGCAAAGAAUACGAGCUGAACAUGAUCGACUUCAAAAAUCCAAAAGGCGGAGUCGAGUCCUCCAAACCUACAGUCUCUUUACCCAUAGCCACCGAUGCACCGUCGCAGUCGAAAGAGACCAUCGUUGAGGGAAAGGAUUCGGUUGUCGACAACAAUACUCAAGACGACGCCCCAUCGACUCCAGCUGAAGAGAAUGUCGCAGAACAGCAUCAGUAUUCAGAAGACAAGGAUGGCGACGAUGGCUACGACAGUGAGGAAAGCUUGGUAUUUUAGAACUUAUAGAAAAUUUUGUAGUUCGAAAGUCGUCAUCAUUGAUUUGAUGUAGCARAUUCUAUGAAAAUUGAAUUAGAUUUCAGUCGUGCACUGCAUAAAAUAUUUAUUUGAAG